CUACAAAAGAUAAUACGAGAAUGAACACACUUGACAUGUCUAGGCGGUGAAAUGGAGGCAAAGUUGUUCCAGCUGACGAGCUCAGCUCCCUCAGCUCUCUUCCCACCAUUUUCAUCACCCCCUUUAACUCUCUCUCCAACAUUCUUCAACUUCAAUUCAGUGGGUUGUGUUAGAUUAAGAGUUGUGUGUAGGAGCAAGAAGGCUGGAGAAAAAGAGCAACAACAAGUUGAAGGGCUUCCCGAAGAGUAUUAUGAUGAUGAAUGGCAAGCACGUCAGCGUGAGAAGACAAAGGAAUUUCACCGAAAGCGUCAAGAAGAAGAAGAUGAAGAGGAAAGAAAGAUCGAUGAGUAUCGUGAAAUUGGCUUCAGAUUAAAAAAUUAUCCUGAAGAAGAAGUGCGGAACGCGAAGAAAUUAGUAUCAAGCUUCAUCAAGUCUGCUGAAGAAGUGGAAGAGAAAAUUGAGGAAGCUGCUGAGAAAGGCGAGCUUAACGAGCUUGUGCUUAUGGUUAUUUGGAAUCGCCUUGAUCUUGCUCGACGUGAUGAAGAGAAAGAUGCAGUUCGAAGUCUUGAUCUUCUAUACAGGCGUGUUGAGACAGAGAUUUUGAAACGCGAGGCUACUCCUGCCAUGAGACUACUCAAUGAUCUUUUAAUCAUGCAUGACGGAUUUGACGAUGAUGGGUGGCUGAAAGCAUGCAAAAAGCGUAUGAUUGAUACCUUUCCACGUGAGGAUCCAUUUAGUAUAUUAGUUCCAGCAGGAUUUGACAUUGAUAAGCAUGAAGGCCCACUGACACCGCCACUGGAAGCUGAUGAUAUUCUUUUGAGAGUAGAUUUCGUUAGAGAAGUUGAUGAAUUGCUGCGAGAAGUACGACAUGAACAAAGUCAAACUCCCGGGGGACAAGGCUUUGAUGCUGAAUCUGUCGCAAGAAGGUUGAAACAACAGGAGAAACAAAAAGCUAUACACCAAGUUGAAGCCGUCCUGGAGUUGGCUAUCAAUUUACAGUGGUAGACUGGUUUAUAUACUUCGUUUUUUCCAAAAAAUUUACUUGAGCUAGUCGAACAGAGCCCUUCUAGUUAGUUUACUAGGUGUAUUUCUGUUGUGUAGAGAUUGUAAUUGACAUUAACAUUAUUAACAAUAUAAUUUAGGUAUAUGCUUCAGUAUGUAACUUGAGGACCUGUUCUGUUACUUCUGUUAUCAAAAUUUUAGAUUCAUCCACUAUAA